CUCUCCCAUCUGGACAAAAGGAAUACCUAUGUAAGAAUGUUGUUCAUUGACUAUAGCUCAGCAUUCAACUCCAUAAUACCCUCCAAGCUCAUCAUUAAGCUCUGGGCCUUGGGUCUGAACCCCGCCCUGUGCAACUGGGUCCUGGACAUCCAAACAGUCCGCCCCCAGGUAGUGAAGGUAGGAAACAACACCUCCACUUCGCUGAUCUUCAACACUGGCGCCCAACAAGGGAAGCAUUCUCAGCCCCAUCCUGUACUCACUGUUCACACAUGACUGCGUGGCCACACACACCUCCAAUUCAAUCAUCAAGUUUACAGACGUCACAACAGUAGUAGGCCUGAUUACCAACAAUGACGAGACAGCCUACAGGGAGGAGGUGAGGGACCUGGGAGAGUGGUGCCAGGAAAAUAACCUCUCACUCAACAUCAACAAAACAAAGGAGCUGAUCGUGGACUUCAGGAAACAGCAGAGGGAGCAAGCCCUUAUCCACAUAAACUGGACUGCAGUGGAGAAGGUGGAAAGCUUCAAGUUCCUCUGCGUACACAUCACUGAUGAUCUGAAAUGGUCCACCCACACAGACAGUGUGGUGAAGAAGACGCAACAGCGCCCUCAGGAGGAUUAAGAAAUUUGUCUUGGCCCCUAAAACUUUUACAGAUGCACUAUUGAGAGCAUCCUAUCGGGCUGUAUCACCGCCUGGUACGGCAACUGCACCGCCCACAACUGCAGAGCUCUCCAUAGGGCGGUGCAGUCUGCCCAACGCAUUACCGGGGGCAAACUACCUGCCCUCCAGGACACCUACAGCACCCGAUGUCACAGCAAGGCCAAAAAGAUCAUUAAGGACCACCCGAGCCACUGCCUGUUCACCCCGCUAUCAUCCAGAUUGCGAGUAAAAUGCCACUGUGUGAAAGGGACGUGUGCUAUAUACAAUGGAUUGUCUACGUCCCCACAUUCGUGGUGGGUUUACCCCUCAACCUGGCCACCCUGUGGCUCCUCCUCUUCAGGAUCCGUCGAUGGACUGAGUCCACAGUGUACCUCAGCAGUCUGAUCAUCAACGACAUCCUUCUCAUCUUUUCUCUGCCCUUCAAGAUAUACGCUUUCGGCCGCACCUGGGGCCUGAGCAUGGGCUUCUGCACCUUCCUGGAGAGCCUGGUGUUCGUCAACAUCUAUGGGAGCAUCGUACUGAUCGUGUGCAUCUCGGGCGACCGAUAUGUUUCUCUGCGGUUUCCAUUCAACGGCAAACGUCUGCGCUCGCCACGGAAGGCUGCCCUGGUAUGCCUGGCUGUGUGGGUGACGGUAUUCGCUUUCACCACACCCGUCUAUGAGCUACACAACAAAAACACCACUAGCCUCCACAACAACAAUGAAACCAGGUGUUUCGAGGGAUUCUCCAGGGAAACCUGGGGGAAGAAAUGGAUCAUUGUCGCCAUGGAGACGGUGUUCACAAUCAGCACUGUCACUAUGUUGUUCUUCUCGGUGCGCGUGAUGCAGAUCCUGAGUGACAUGCGGCGUCGGAACCCGCUGGACAAGAAGGUGAGGGACAACAAGUCUGUGAAGAUCGUCCUGAGCAACCUGGUGGCCUUCAUGCUGUGCUUCAUCCCCUACCACGUGGCUGCAGUCGUCUACUUCCUGGCCAAGAACCGCACAGAGAACCCAGACGUCAUCAACCCCCUCAGAGACUUCGUCCACAUCAGCACCUGUCUGGGCAGUGUCAACUGUCUGACGGACGGGGUCUGCUACUACUUCAUCCUGAAGGAGAACCUGCUGACUGCCAGCCAGGAGAGGAGGAGGAUGUCCACUAGAGGGAACAACGUGGCAAAGCCCGGGGAAAUCAACCAGCAUCCGAUGGACAACAUCAUGGUCAAGGGACCCGGAGAGACAGGAUCAGACACUCAGGUCACUGGAGAUCGAUAGAACUUGCUAGAGAGAUGUGGUUUAUUGGAGUGGAGAGCAAUGUGGAGAGCAGGGUGGAGGCGAUUUCCCUGUAGAUGGAUGGCUAUCACCUCUAUCUGGGAAACGGAAACUCAGAUCUCCACAACAGAGAGGAGAAAGACUCUCGAAGAAUGAAUGACUGGUGUUAGGUUCUAAUUUUCAGAGUAAAAAACUCAAAGGACAUUUAUGAAAGCUUAACCAAGUUUAUUCUGCCCAGAGGGUCAAUACAGCUGCAUUCAUACAAAAACAUUUUCACACAAGCACUGAUAUUUAACUGUUCCUCGUAGGCUGAGUCUCCUCCUACCCAUCUGUACAAACAUCAUUCUUUACUGCUAGGCAGGACACUAGUGAUACGGGCCAUAAACUUUUAUUUCUCCCUUAACCUCUCUGGGACAUGUGGGACGCUAGCGUCCCGCGGGACACACUGCCAACAGCCAGUGAAAUAGCAGGGCGGCAAAUUCAAAACAAC